UUCGCAUUCUGUUCCGUAGUGAAUUUUAAAUGGUUCUUCAUAGGAGUGGGGUUUUUUUCUCUCUUGAUCUGAAUACACGGAAUGACAAUUCUGGCCUGAAUCUGACGUGACUUAAGUCCAGGGUGUAGGCAGGGAGCUAGGGACAACCAUGACAACAGCCGCGUUAAACCGUUUCGUUUCUGUGAAAGCCUGUGCGAAUCCUGUGGUCAAUUCCAGGGAGCCGAGGAAGCGUUCCCCAAAAUGAACAUCUGCUAUCUUGGUGCGUUGGUGGUGGUGUUCUCAUGGACGUCUGGCGUUCAUUGUCACUGACAUAAACGUUUUUAAAAACUUUUUUUAUUGCAUAAAAUAACAGUUGCUAUUUUUUUAAAAAAAAUUGUUAAGAGGGUUUUAUAUACACACAAAAAAAACACGCUACGUCAAACCGACAAACUGGCCCGUGCGUCCAAUGUUUGGGAAAUUUCAGGAGUGAGAGCUACGUCCAGUGAGUAUAUGUCCGGGUUAAACUGACCAGUAGGUGUGGACAGUGCUCGAUAGUGAGAUGACACUCACAGAUACGAUAUUAAUGCUUGCCGUCCUGGUAGCAGCCACUUCGGCCAUGCUGUACAGCCGCUACAUGCCUGGGUGGACAUCCUCCACGCGGUCAGCCUACACAUCCAGCUCACCGUCCAUCUCGCUGAUUCGACUGCGGCAAGGGCUGUACAACCUGCAGGCCAAGUCUCGCCUUGACGCCAGAUCCAGUGUCUUUUCUCGAGACAGAUGUACCGUCCAGGGCCUUAUACUUCGACUUGAUCCACCACUGCGUGCAGACGACAACUGCGAGACAGCCUACAUUCAAACUUCCGGUUGCAGAGGGAGCUGUCCUUCCUACAGCCAAGUGGAGCAGAGAAAUUUAACAAAUAUAUUUUACAGCUGCAGUUGCUGUCAACCCAUUAGAUUCACACCUGCUGUCGCCGUACUGCCCUGCAGGAAUGGCCAGCACAUCCGGGUGCCCUUCAAGAAAGUCCAGGCCUGCGCGUGCCGCCCCUGUGACGUGAACGAAGCGCCUCUGGAAAUAGCCAAGCUGAGAGACCUGCUGACGAAAGCCGCAGUGGACACGCCGCUGCCUAUCGGAUGACCAUCUGGUCUCCACUGAAAUAAAAACCUUCACAGACUCUCGUACUCUUACAACACAAAAAACUCAAUUUGAACUAAAUACACUCCAAUAAACUCAAUACCAUUAAAUGAACCUAUUUUUUCUAUGUCUGUUAUUAAAUCCUGCACUACUAUAACCACUAUUAUAAGUUCAACCAUCAUUACUAUAAGUUCAACCAUCACUACUUUAAGUUCAACCAUCACUCCGUCAACGAAGAGUCAAGCUAUUAAGAGAGAAACAAUUUCUGAGUUCUGUUGAGCUGGACAAAGCGUUCUACAAAUCUGGGUUUAUUUUUGUGUUAGUUUCUCGGGCAAUGAAAGUGCAUUUGUGUGUCUUUGUUUCAUCUGUGAUGGUACACAAUUUCUCCAUUUUGUAUCGACUGAAAGCUUUGUGUCACGUGAUCCAUCCGUGUUUAUAUGACGUCAUUUCAGGGUUCAUUGUAACAUUGAACGAAAAGAAAUAAGUCUAUUGUACUCACCGUGUACUAUAUUGAACCUGUGACCAUGACAUAACAUUCUUUAUAUUUAUUGAUUUGUUUCAUUAAAAACAAUUGAUUCCAUUUUUAUGUAUGUAAUACUUUUUCUGCCAUUAUUAUUAUUAUUAUUAUUAAUAUUUUAAUGUUUUUAGACUAAGGAAAAGAUUGUUUGGUUAAAGAGAUCUGCAAUAACAAGAAGGUAAAAGAUGUUCAAUCGGGGCGUCAGAAGAUAUUUAUAAGGUAGUUAAUAUUAACAGCUAAGGUCUCCUUUAAAAAAAUAGAGACUGCUCGUACAGAUUUCUUGCUAAGUUUUUCUGUACAAAGACUUUGAACAAGUUUGAACUUUGGUGACUGAUUGGCCAAGGUAAAGGUAACAACAUAUUAGUAAAAUAAAUUAAAUUACAUUUAAGUUUACUUUUUUUUCUCUUAAAAAAUACUCUUAUUUUCUCUAUAAUAAAAUUGAUUUCUAUAUUUUAUAAAAUACAAUUGUAACUAUUAAAAUUAUUAAUUCAUAACUGGUUUUAAACAAUUAUAGGAUGAUAAAAGCAAAAAUAAAUGUGUGCAAUCCAAGUUUCAUUUUAUAAUUAUCUAUAGAUAAUGCAUUUAUAUUUAAGCCGACUACUUUGAUCGCUGAGACGCCUAAAAUGGCUUAUAAUGAAAUAAAUCUUUAAAAAAAAAUAGAGAUAGCCCUAAGUCCAGUCAUAUAGUAAUUUAGAUUUCUUGUUUAAUGUUACUUAACAAAGAUCCUCAGUAGGCAUUGAAAUUAAUAGUUUAAAAUGAGCUGUUCAAUCAAUACCAAACUAUUCAAGUCGUACUUAAUAUUUUAAAAUCAAUAAUGUUGAGCAUUUACUUAGCUCGAUCUUGACUAAAGACGAUAUUAUAUAUCAAUGAUAUAAAUUCAGUUCACACAAGUAUGACAGUCUAAUAUGGAUACUACUUAUUACAGUUAGAAAAUAGCUAUUGAUUAUUUACGUUGAUAGUUCGACAAGCGACAUUGCUAUCAACUAUUUUGAGUCAUCAUUUAAAGGCAAAUAAAGAUGUAUCACUCAAAUGAAAACACACUUUCAUUUCGUACAUUGAAUCAGGAGAAGGCUCAGAGGUGGGGGGGGGGGGGGAGGUUGAAACAGUCAGGCUCAAAUGUAGGCAUUAAAUGUGUUUAACUGGAGAGAGAAAAAAAAGCUAUUCUUAACAAUAUCUAUACAUUGAUUUCUUUGCUUGUUCACAUCAACAUCUAGGUCUAGACUGGGACGGCCUUAGGCCACUGCAACCUAUGCGACCGCAGUGGGCCCCGCACUUUCAUAGGCCCCGCGCUAAUUCUAGGUGUAAAUUAUUAAAUUAAACCAUUAUAAUUUAAAUAUAACAACAGUGUCUCCGCGGCCUCCUGAUUUUCGAAAUCUCCUGAAAUUGCAAAAUAUACACGAAAAAGUCUUUGAAAUCUCCUGAAAUUAUUAAAACCUGCUGAAAACUCAUAAAAAUCUCCUGAAAAAUAGACAAAAUUGUCAUUUUGGGGUGGCAAUCGUAUAAGCGAUUUUUUAAAAAAAGGGGAAUUGUCAACUUUCAUUUAAUACUAAUGUAUUGCAAAGACGAAUGUAUUUUCUAAUACAAAAUCUAAAUUUUGAAAUUAUCCUUAUCCCUACCCAGACUGGGCCCCGCGCAAUCCGUUUCGCAUAGGGCCCCGCAGUUGUUUGGACCGGCCCUGGGUCUAGACAUUAAUAUCUAGGUCUUGACAUUAACAUCUACGUCUGGGCAUUAAUAAUGAAGUAUUUACAUUAACACAGGUAUUUACUUCAAUAUCUAGGUCCUGAUAUUAAUAUCUAGGUCCUGACUGACAUAAAUAUCUAGGUCCUGACAUGAAUAUCUAGGUACUGACAUUAAUAUCUUGUUGCUGACAUGAAUAUCUAGGUACUGACAUUAAUAUCUUGCUGCUGACAUUAUCUUAUCAUAUAAAUUACAUACGUUUCUUCAAAAAAAAAAUAAUUAGGUUUUUACGCUUUUUUUUAUCUAGGUAAUGACAUUUUUGUCUAGAUAAUGACAUUUAAUUUAUACAUACUGACAUUAAAAUCAAAGAAAUGACAUUUAAAUCUAGGUGAUGACAUUAAUAUCCAAGAUUGCUUAUUAAUAAACAGGUAAUCCAAAUAAUAUCCUGAUAUACACAUUAAUACCGGAGAUUGACUAUUGCAGGCUAACUUAAUAAAGUCAUUAUUCAUAAUAAAUGUACAUUGUUUCUUUCUUUUAGUUAGAUGUACUGUGUGUGUGUGCUCUUUGUGUGUGUGUGCUCUUUGUGUGUGUGUGCUCUUUGUGUGUGUGUGUGCUCUUUGUGUGUGUGUGCUCUUUGUGUGUGUGUGCUCUUUUGUGUGUGUGUGUGUAAUAAUAAUAAUAAAACAAUCUUUCUAUAUAAAUAUUUAUAAUGUGUCAAGUCAAUUAUCACAAAAUAAAACCAGUAUGCACAUAUUAGUAAUCAACCAAUGACAAGGAAGUAUCUUGAAGCUUGUUAUUUUUGUUGAUGUUGUGAUAUCCAUCUCAAGCAGCACAUAAUCGUUGUUCAAGAACUUGGAGCCAGCGAUACGAUACUUGCUGGCAUGGCCUCGGAAAACAAAGUUUAAGAUCUUCUAUUAGUUCAUUCACUCUCUGUGAACGAUGUUAAACGAAAAUUCUUCACAACUACACUAGGGAAACCCCACCACUACGAC